AUUUUCAUGCACUGAAAAACCAGGCAUAACAAUCCCUGCACAAAAUUCUGUUCUCUGCCAUCAGAUACAUCAAACUUCACAUAGAGCGAAUCAGCGCUGGUGGAUCUAUUGGUGAGCAGCUUGGAGGAGAACUGCUGAACUAAUGACAGAACCUAAUAAGUGUUACAUCAUGUGGUUGAUAAACAUGGCAACCCUGCUCUGCCUGGCCUCUUCAGCUGCAGCUGCCACAGCCGCAUCAGCAAACCAGGUCCUCAGCAACCAUGCCACCAUCCUGGCUGACAACAGCGCCACCCUGGCCUUCAGUCUCUACCAAAACAUGGCCAAGGAGAAAAACAUGGAAAACAUCCUGAUCUCCCCCAUAGUGGUAGCCUCCUCUCUGGGCCUGGUGGCUCUCGGUGGAAAGGCCGCCACCGCCUCGCAGGUAAAGACCAUUCUGAAUGCAGCUAAAGUUAAAGACGAGCAGCUGCACACCGGCCUGUCAGAGCUGCUGACCGAGGUCAGUGACCCCAAGACCCGAAAUGUCACCUGGAAGAUCAGCAACCAUCUGUACGGACCCAACUCUGUCAAAUUUGUGGAUUCAUUUGUCAAGAGCAGCAAGAAACACUACAACUGUGACCACUCCAAGAUAAACUUCAAAGAUAAGAAGAGCGCUGUGAACUCCAUCAACGAGUGGGCAGCCAAGUCUACCGAUGGCAAACUGCCUGAGGUCACCAAGGAUUUGGAGAAGACUGAUGGAGCCAUGAUCAUCAAUGCCAUGUUUUUCAAACCUCACUGGGACCAGCAGUUCCAUCAUAAGAUGGUGGACAACCGUGGAUUCAUGGUGUCCCGCAGCCUCACGGUUUCAGUGCAGAUGAUGCACCGCACAGGUAUCUAUGGCUUCUAUGAUGACAGCACUAACAAGCUGUCCAUCCUGAGCAUGCCUCUGGCUCAUAAGAAGUCCAGUGUGGUGUUCAUCAUGCCCUACAAUGUGCAGCCUCUGGAGGGGCUGGAGAAGAUCCUGACCAAGAAGCAGCUGGAGACGUGGAUGGGCAAACUGCAGCAGACAGCAGUAGCUGUGUCUCUGCCCAAAGUCAGCAUGGAAGUCAGUCACAACCUGCAGAAACACCUCGGGAAGCUGGGCCUGACAGAGGCUGUGGACAAAUCCAAAGCAGACUUCUCCAACAUUUCUGGGAAAAAGGACCUCUACCUGUCAAGCCUGCUCCAUGCCUCUGCCAUGGAGUGGGACACUGAAGGGAAUGAAAUUGACACCAGCGUCUUCGGCACGGACAAGCUGAAAACCCCUAAACUCUUCUACGCCGACCACCCCUUCAUCUUCCUGGUGAAGGACCAGAAAACAAACUCCAUCCUGUUCAUUGGCAGGAUGGUCAGGCCAAAGGGUGACAAGAUCAGAGAUGAGUUGUAACCAUGUGUUGAGUGUCGUGUUUACAGAUUUAACAUGUGACUGUGUGCGUGAGUGUAGGUUAUCUACUGCAAUAUUCUUAGAGAAGCGGGGAAUGAAUUAUAGUUUUUAUAUUUGCAUAAAUGCAUUCCUAACAGCAUUCCAAAAAAAUUGACCAGUCUUCAGUUUUAACUUGGAGAAUAUUUCUUACUAUCUGUACUUUUGUUAUGUAUUGGCACAUCGCAUUAUGGACUGAAGACUUACGUUAAGUAUGAUAUCCUCAAUUUAUGCCUAAAAUGUAAAUGCACAGUUUCAUGGAAGUUUAUCAUCUGUAUGUGCAGGCACACAAAUAGUCUUUUUAAUGAUCAAGUCUUAUCAGUCGUUGGACAACAGUCCUCAAAAUUUUAUGAGAUUUUACAGUUGCUUGGUUUUGAUUGAACAAAAUUGUUUUAAGUUUGUCAAGUUUUGCUGUUCAUGUCCAUUGAACAGACAAUGGAUCAUACAUUUUUUUCCAUUUCUUUCACUUUCUCGCACAAGCAUGUUUUUCUUGAACCAAGAGGCCUCCGUGCAUUUUAUCUGGGUAGUGAUCUGUGCUGAAUGCACUGAUCUACACUGGCAAUCAGGUGGUAGAUGUAAGCACUGUCUCAGCAGCAUGUGCACACAUGGUUUUUGACUGGUACAAAUCAAAUAAAAAAAUAUGAAAAGUG